CACUUGCAUACAACUCCAUAUCUUCAUCGAAAACCGGUUUUAUUCGCCAAAAAUGAGGUCAAGAACACAAUAUCCGGUGAACACGAAGCACAUUGUCAUCGCGAUCAUCGUUGUGUUUGUUCUCCUCUUUGUAUUCCGAUCAACAUCUUCGUCUUCCAACGACCACGUUUCAUCCACGAUACCUCAAACGAUCAUCCCAAAAGCAGUUUCGGAUUCAUUUAGAAACAUUCAAAAGGCGACCGGAUGCUCACCAACAUGCACUAAAAUCCCACCUGCAUUAGCGCAAGCGUUAAUCCACUACUCGACCUCUACCAUCACGCCACAACAAACUAUCAAAGAGAUAUCCGUGACUAAAAAGAUUUUAGACAAGAAAUCACCUUGCAACUUUCUAGUUUUCGGCCUUGGGCACGAUAGUCUAAUGUGGAGCUCACUAAACUAUGGUGGGCGCACGGUGUUUCUAGAAGAAGACGAGGCGUGGAUCGAGCAAAUCAAGAAACGGUUCCCCAUGUUAGAGUCAUAUCAUGUGACCUAUGAUAGUAAGGUGCACCAAGCCGAUAGCCUUAUGGAAGCCGGGAAAGGGUCAGAGUGUACCGCGGUUGGUGAACCUAGGCACUCAGUAUGUCAGUUGGCGCUUAAAGGGUUGCCUAGUGAUGUUUACGAGACGACAUGGGAUUUGAUCAUGGUGGAUGCACCCACGGGGUAUUAUGAUGAGGCGCCGGGGAGGAUGAGCGCGAUUUAUACGGCUGGGAUGAUGGCGCGGAACCGAGAAGAUGGAGAGACUGAUGUGUUUGUGCAUGAUGUAAAUAGGGUGGUUGAAGAUAAGUUUUCUAAUGCAUUUUUGUGUGAAGGAUAUAUGAGGAAACAAGAGGGAAGGUUAAGGCACUUCAGGAUUCCUAGCCAUAGAGAUGAUCCUAGCAAGCCUUUUUGUCCUUCUGAAUAGUUCCACAUUUCACCCUCAUUUUGAUUCUAAAUUCUUCAUAUUGGUUCUUGUUCUUAUAAUAAUCAUCAUCUUGAUUUCUAUUUUAUUAAAUAAAUUGUAUUAGAUUAGAUUUUUAAGUAAUACUAUGAUGAAAUUUUGUUCUAAA